CGAUCCCCGCCCCCUCUCCGCCCUUCUCCGCGUCCGCCAGGGGCAGCAUGUCCGCGGGGCCCCGGGAUGCCCCCGGCCGGCCCGGCCCCGAGGCCCGCCGCCGGCGCUUCCGGGCCUUCCGCUACGAGGAGGCGGCGGGCCCCCGCGAGGCGCUGGGGCUGCUGCGGGCGCUCUGCCGGGACUGGCUGCGGCCCGAGGUCCACACCAAGGAGCAGAUGCUGGAGCUGCUGGUGCUGGAGCAGUUCGUGAGCGCCCUGCCCGCCGACAUCCAGGCCUGGGUGCGGGGCCGCCGGCCCGAGAGCGGGGAGGAGGCCGUGCGCCUGCUGGAGGGGCUGCGGCCCGGGGCCCAGGUGCUGCAGGCAGAGGAGGCCCCUGAGGCGCUCCAGCCAGACCCCAGGGUCAGCGGGAAGGGUCUGGAAGCCCCCAGGCCGCUGGGCCAUCUCCUCGGAUGCCCACCAGUUUCCAAAUCUGAUGUGAUCACCAGUCUGGAAGAAGGGGACAAGCUGGGGACUCUGGACCCACCUCGAAACAGGAGUACAGAUUGUGAGACUGAGGUCAAGGACCAGAAGUGGGUUCCCAAGCAGGAAAUGUCUGAAGAAGGAGAAUCAGAAGGGGCAAUGUCAGAAGCUUCCCAGGCAUUGGAAUAUGGAGAAGCCUGGGAUUAUAUGGGCGGGUCAGAGAGGCAGCUGGGGAUCUUCACAGAGGAGAAACUGAAGAAAUCCCCUUCUUCAGAAAGAGAUUUCAGGAAGAGUUCCACAGUAGACCAGAAAAAGAUAGAGCAGACAUGUGCCAAACUUGGACAGAAUGUCAAUGUGGACCUAGAUCUAGUUCCCCGGAAAAGAGUUCCCUCAGGAGCCAGACCCCAUAUUUGUGACCUGUGCAAUCUUAGCUUCAAGCUCAGUGCAGAGCUAAUUAAGCACCAGAAGAUCCACGUAGGAGAGAAACCCUGUAAAUGUAAUGAGUGUGGUAAAGUGUUCAGCCAAAGUUCCUACCUUCUCCAACACCAGAGAGUUCACACUGGAGAGAAGCCAUAUCAGUGCAACGAAUGUGGAAAAGCAUUUGCUUGGAGCUCAAACCUUAUUCAGCACCAGAGAAUUCACACUGGAGAAAAACCAUAUGAAUGUAAUGAGUGUGGGAAGGCCUUUAGGGCGCAUUCACAGCUUAUUCAUCAUCAAAAAAUUCAUACUGGAGAGAAGCCCUAUCAGUGUAAUGAAUGUGGGAAAUCCUUUGGCAGGAGCACAACUCUUAUUCAACACCAGAGAAUUCACACUGGAGAGAAGCCCUAUCAGUGUAAUGAAUGUGGGAAAUCCUUUAACUGGAACUCAAACUUUAUUGAACACCAGAGAAUUCACACUGGAGAAAGACCUCACGAAUGUAAUGAAUGUGGCAAGGCCUUCAGUCAGAGCUCAAACUUAAUUGAACAUCUAAAAAUUCACACAGGAGAAAAGCCCCAUGAAUGUAAUCAGUGUGGGAAAUCAUUCAUGAGGAGCUCAGGCCUUAGACAACAUCAGAGGAUUCAUACAGGAGAGAAACCCUAUCCUUGUAAUGAGUGUGGGAAGACCUUCAGGGAGAGCUCACAACUCAUUCAGCACCAGAGAAUCCAUACUGGAGAGAGACCCUUUGAAUGUCAUGAGUGUGGAAAAGCCUUCAUCUUGAUCUCAAAUCUUACAGAACACCAGAGAAUUCACACUGGAGAGAAACCUCAUGAAUGUCAUGAGUGUGGAAAAGCCUUUAGUCAAAGGUCAAACCUCAUUAGCCACCAGAGAAUACACACUGGAGAAAAACCCUAUGAGUGCAGUGAGUGUGGAAAAACUUUCAAGGGGAGCUCUGGCCUUGUUCACCACCAGAGAAUUCACACUGGUGAGAGGCCCUAUGAAUGUAAUGAAUGUGGUAAAACCUUCCGAGGGAGCUCAGAACUGAGACAGCACCAGAGACUUCAUUCUGGGGAAAAGCCUUAUGUAUGUAAUGAGUGUGGCAAAGCCUUUGUUCGGAACUCUGAGCUCAUCAGCCACCAGCGAAUUCAUACUGGAGAGAGACCCUAUAAAUGUGGUGUGUGUGGCAAGCCCUUCAGUCAUCGCUCCAACCUUAAUGAACACCAGAAAAGACACAUGGGGUUUAAGGUGAAGCCGUGAUCCUGAAAACUGCCUGGAAACAUGAGUUGUGGCUGAGGACAAAGGAAGGGCUGCAGAGAGGGAGGCAGGCAGGGUUACUUCAUGGUGGUAUACAAGUGGGGAAAGCCCCAGCCCCUCAGGGGGUCAUAGGGUGUGAGGCCCCCACUAAUUCAGGAACAUUUGUAGUUGUGCAACUCCCACACAAGAGAAGCGUGUAUAAACCUAGUGUGAAGGUACCAGUGAAUAUCAGAUGUGGCUCUCCCUUGAUGGCAGCUAUGGGGCUGAAUGUGUGUGUAGGGGUCACUCCUUAUGCAGGGGUAGACAAGUGGCCCCAGGUCAAUAAAGCCAUGUCUGCACAACACUGGAGCAAAUGAUUUCCUUACCCUGAGCUCCCCUCUGAAGAUCUGCACGUCCAUCGGCAGCCACCGACAUGUCUUCCACAGGCAAAUGAUCCCACAAGUCCAUUGCAGUCUGCUGGUCACUGGAGCAGCGGGAGUGACAAGGAGGCAGGUCUGACAAGGGGCCUGCUUGACCCAGACCCUCAGGAGGAGUGACCAUCACCCAUCACCCUUUGUGAUGGUGCAAGGAUGCAUGGCAGCUUUGAGUCUGGGCCUGUCUACCAGGGACGUGUGGAUUUGUGGAGGGUAGUGCCCUGCUUACAUCUCAGUAAGCACACCUUUGUAAAAGCUAAUGGGUGCUAGCUGGUUCAUGCGUGUGGAGGUGAUGCUCUGCUCCCAGCCCCUCAGGGUUACCCCUGGCGCUCUGAAGGGAGCAAGAGGCUUGCUCUGGGGACCCGACCCCUCAGUCAGAGUGAGCCCAGGGCCGGUAUGUGCAUGAGGAGGUCCCUGAGAGUUGGCUUUCAUUGGGGCUGGAUGGCAAGUGGCUUUCACUGCCCCCUUCUAACUCAGGAGCUCAGCAAGGGCCUGGCUCUGAUCAUAUCUAAAUUUUCCAUCUUUCCCAGCCCCCAGCAUGUGGCUUUAUACCCAGAAGGUGCUUAAUAAAUGGCUAGCCAUUCAGCAUUCAGUGAGCAUUGGGCAAAUUAAUGGAUGUGGCACCUACUGUGUGCUGAGCCCUAUGUGGUAUCCACAGUAGGUAGACAUGAUUUGGAAUUUGAAGGCCCAGGUUUGGGCCUUCGCUCUCCCAGCCUGGUGCCUCCUCAUAAAAUGGGCCAGUUUCCUCUGCCAAGGAGAGUUAUGUGGGCCAAACUGAAGCAGCCAGCCCAGAGGUGAGCAAGGAGAUGUAAGAGAGCCUCAGGUGAAUUCGAGGCCCUGAACCCAGUUUAACUACAGCCUCGGGUCCUGAGAGAACCUGAGCCAAGCUUGGGAAAUAGUAGGCAGUGUGCCCCAGGUGUAAGCCACCAUCCGGUCCAGAGAAGAGGAGAGACUAAGGUGCACAGAAGGAAGGAAGUCACAGAGCGGGCUGCAAGACCAGGGUCUCAGCCAGCACAGCCCCAGAUGGCAGGCCAGUGCGUGAGGUGGCCCCCAAUAGGUCAUGCCAGACUAACCUUCUUUUGACAGUACUACUCAUCUGGUCAUCAGUGGAAUGGGUCAGAUGGGUCUGCUCAGAGUUCAGGGGUUUGACAGAAGAUAGAUAGAUAGGGGCUAGACUAUGUGGCAGAGAGAGACAUCUCACACACACAUAUUACACUCAUACUGUCACAUAUACACAUAUAUCACAUGCACAUAUCACAUACCCUCACACCUAUAUCAUACAUACACUCUCAUACAUAUAUCACACAUUCACAUCACA